AUGAAAGACGUUAAGCGACCACAAGUUGUACCGCCAACAUUAAACGAAUUUACCAGAUGGCGCUAUAUUGGUGUUUGUACAAAGCAAGAAGCUGAAUCAUUUGUUCAGUGUUUGACAGAAUUUCGUUUGUAUCAUCAAUGGGAUAAAUCGAUCAACCUAGACGUUAUCGACCAUCUACCACUUACAGUGAUAUAUCGUUCAUCGGUUGGUGAUCACUUCCACUGGCUUGUUCGAACAAUGGGUGAGAUAAUUGAAAACAAUGAUACAAAACAGAGAGAAUAUAAAAUUCGAAGUUAUUACAUUGAACAUAGUGGACCAUCGUUACCAACUCUAAAUGAACUCAUUCGAUGCUACGAAAAUCGUACAUACAACAGAUAUGGUUAUGUUGACGUAUUCGGAUUACCAUAA